AACAACAUCCCGGAAAAAGGAGGCCAUGAAGAAUCAACAAAAUGGAUUCUGGAGAAAAUCGAGAUUGAUCCAAUGGUGGAUUUGUCCAAAGACAACAACACACAAGACAAUUUAUCAAAAUGCGCAAAUGGGAUAUGCUUGAUGAGGAGCAAUAGCUCUGUGAGGAAAAGGAACAACAACAAUGGGGCUCAAGUAAUGGCUCCAAAGAUGGGAAGGAUGACGUCAGGAGUGUCCAAAGGACUCAAAAGUCUCCGCUUUCUUGAUAGGACUGUUACCGGGAAAGAAGCUGAUGCAUGGAAAUCCAUUGAGAAGCGGUUUUACCAGCAUGCGCUUGAUGGGAGGCUUGCGAGGGACAAAUUUGGUGUCUGCAUAGGAAUGGGAGGAGAGUCAAAGGAUUUUGCGGGGGAGUUGUUCGAUGCGUUGGCGAGGCGUCGGAUGAUAUGCGCAGGGAAUGGGAUAACUGUGGAGGAAUUGAGGAAGUUUUGGGAGGACAUGACUAAUCAAGACCUUGAAUCACGUCUUCAGAUAUUCUUUGACAUGUGUGACAAGAAUGGAGAUGGGAAGCUGUCAGAGGAAGAGGUAAAGGAGGUUAUAGUUUUGAGUGCCUCGGCGAACAAGUUGGCGAAUCUAAAACAACAAGCGGCAUCAUAUGCAGCUUUGAUCAUGGAAGAGCUUGAUCCUGAUCAUCUUGGUUAUAUAGAGAUGUGGCAGCUAGAAACUCUACUGAGGGGAAUGGUAAACUCUGAAGAGAACACCAAGCUCUCAAAGAAAACACAAACUCUCACAAAAGCCAUGAUCCCCAGAAGAUACAGAACUCCUUUUAGCAGGUUCCUUUCCACAACUGAGGAGCUUUUACAUGAGAACUGGAAGAGAAUAUGGGUGGUCACCUUGUGGAUGACCAUCAACUUGGUCCUCUUUGUUUCGAAGUAUUACCAAUACAAGAACCGAGCAGCUUACCAAAUCAUGGGCCGAUGUCUUUGCUUCGCAAAGGGCGCUGCCGAAACUCUCAAGUUCAACAUGGCUCUCAUUCUCCUCCCGGUUUGUCGACGAACUCUCACAAAGCUUAGAUCAUCAUUUCUUGGCAGAGUAGUCCCUUUAGAUGACAACAUAAACUUCCACAAGCUAAUUGCAUUGGCAAUAGCAACUGGGACUUUUGUACAUGUUGUGAUGCAUUUGACUUGUGAUUUUCCGAGGAUGAUUUCUUGCCCGAAAGACGAGUUCGCAGAAAUUAUCGGUCGCAGUUUCAACUAUGAGCAGCCGACUUACUUUCAGUUGCUAAGAAGUGUUUUAGGCGUAACCGGGAUUCUCAUGAUCAUUCUAAUGGCUUUUUCCUUCACUCUGGCUUUACACUCGUUUAGGAGAAGUGUCAUCAAGUUGCCAUGGCCUUUCCACCAUUUGGCAGGCUUCAAUUCCUUCUGGUAUGCGCAUCAUUUGCUGGCUUUGGUCUAUAUUCUUCUCGUCAUACAUGGCUACUUCUUAUUUCUCACCAAUGACUGGACUAAGAAAACAACAUGGAUGUAUAUUAUGGUUCCGGUCUUGUUCUAUGCAACCGAAAGGACUUAUUCUCUCAUCAAUGAAAGCAAUCACUGCGUCGAUAUUAAGAAGGCAGUAAUAUAUACAGGGAACGUUCUGGCACUGUACAUGAGCAAACCUCCAGGAUUCAAAUACAAAAGUGGAAUGUACCUUUUUGUCAAGUGUCCAGAUAUAUCUAGCUUUGAAUGGCAUCCAUUCUCCAUCACUUCCGCACCCGGAGAUGACUACUUGAGUGUCCACAUCAGAACCUUAGGGGAUUGGACUACAGAGCUUAAGAACAGAUUUGCACUGGCAUGUCAGCCAGAGAAUACACAAUCAAGGAGAGGAAACCUCGUUCGAAUGGAGACCAAAGCCAUUUCGGACUAUGAAUACCAAGGAGGGUCAGCAGAAUCUUGGUAUCCAAGAAUCCUCAUCAAGGGACCGUAUGGAGCCCCGGCUCAGAACUUCAAGAAGUAUGACAUCCUCUUGCUCAUAGGUCUUGCGAUUGGGGCAACUCCAUUCAUUAGCAUCAUAAAAGAUCUUCUCAACAACAUCAAGCCAAAUGAUAGUGAAUCCGGAUCAACAAGCAGUAGUUCAUCUGAACUUAACAGAAGGGGUCCCAAAAGAGCAUACUUUUAUUGGGUUACAAGAGAACAAGGAUCCUUUGAAUGGUUCAAAGGUGUCAUGGACGACAUCGCGGAGUACGACCAUGAUAAUAUAAUAGAAAUGCACAAUUACUUGACUAGUGUAUAUGAAGAAGGAGAUGCAAGGUCUGCACUUAUUGCCAUGGUCCAAAAGCUACAGCAUGCUAAGAAUGGCGUUGAUUGCGUCUCCGAAAGCCGGAUAAGAACUCAUUUUGCAAGACCCAAUUGGCGGAAAGUGUUUUCUCAGAUGGCAAGUACUCAUCAAUCUUCUCGAAUAGGUGUCUUCUACUGUGGAAGUGCUACAUUGAGCAAACCAUUGAAGAAGCUUUGCCAAGAGUUUAGUUUAAAUUCAUCAACUCGUUUCCACUUUCAUAAGGAGAACUUCUAG